AUUCGCAAGGGUAAAAUCACGUGAUCUCUGAUCACAAGCACAUGGUCUAAAGCAGCAAUGGAGAAAAGACAGAGGCCUUCUGUUCAAGUAUUUGGUCGUAAGAAAACAGCUACUGCUGUGGCUCACUGUAAACAAGGGAAUGGUAUCAUGAAGGUAAAUGGUAGGCCAUUACACUUAAUGGAACCAGCUACUCUUCGUUACAAGUUGGAGGAGCCAUUACUUUUACUCGGACGGGAGAAGUUCAUGGGUGUUGAUAUACGUGUGAGGGUCCGAGGUGGUGGCCAUGUUGCACAAAUUUAUGCCAUCAGACAAGCUAUUAGCAAAGCAUUGGUAGCAUACUAUCAGAAAUAUGUUGACGAGGCAAGCAAGAAAGAGAUCAGAGACCAGCUAGUUCGCUAUGACCGUACUUUACUUGUUGCUGAUCCUCGUCGCUCAGAGCCCAAGAAGUUUGGUGGACCUGGAGCAAGAUCCAGAUACCAGAAAUCUUAUCGUUGAGAGACACUCGUUUGGAAAUAAUUGUUUUACAGAAAUAAUUUUGUUUUGCUUCUUGAAGCAGCACAGUCAUUAUACACAUGUA